UUCUCUCUCUGACCCCCAUCCUGGCAGGGACCUCAACCCCAUCUUUUUCACCCUGUUAAUCCCUUUCAUCCCUCAUUCUUAAAAGGAUUAGCACAGGAGAUGGAAAUGCCUCUGUGAUGCUCUCUGCAGAACCAGCCUUAUUUGCUCAGUCUGGGCUCUGUCUGGGCUCUGUCUGGGCUCUGUCUGGGCUCCUGUAGCAGUACCUUUACCCUGGUUGGAGUGUCUAUAGUCUGUCUGUAGUCCUCAACCCAGGCCCUCUGCCUUACUCUGGCCAGAGUGUCUGUAGCCCUGCCUCACUCUGGCCAGAGUGUCUGUAGCCCUGCCUCACUCUGGCCAGAGUGUCUGUAGCCCUGCCUCACUCUGGCCAGAGUGUCUGUAGCCCUGCCUCACUCUGGCCAGAGUGUCUGUAGCCCUGCCUCACUCUGGCCAGAGUGUCUGUAGCCCUGCCUCACUCUGGCCAGAGUGUCUGUAGCCCUGCCUCACUCUGGCCAGAGUGUCUGUAGCCCUGCCUCACUCUGGCCAGAGUGUCUGUAGCCCUGCCUCACUCUGGCCAGAGUGUCUGUAGCCCUGCCUCACUCUGGCCAGAGUGUCUGUAGCCCUGCCUCACUCUGGCCAGAGUGUCUGUAGCCCUGCCUCACUCUGGCCAGAGUCUGGAUUUUUCUGGCUGGUCUUUUGACCAAUCACAUCAAAUAUUUCAGUGCUGAUCUGAUUGGUCAAUUAGUGAAAAAAAGAUCAGAAUUGUGCUACCUGUCUAAAAGCAGCACCAGAACUAUUUUGAUUGCCGAACUGGCACAUUGACUGAGCUGGCAGCUGGCUCUUCCGUAGAAUAAAACAGCCUUAGAGAGGUUUGUCAUCAUGUUGUUCAGUAUUCCCUCCGAUGAUUCAGACGUAUAAAAGCGUGUCAACAAGAGUGCUGUCAAAAUAUCCAGACUUUGUUUGAUAGAACUAGCUUUCUCAAUCCCCAUGUGCAAACGCGCACACACACACACACACACACACACACACACACACACACACACACACACACUAUAUGGGUCACUGUUUACAUUCACCCCAAGUUUUCCUUUCUAAGUGGCAGAUAAGAUGGCACGGGGCAGUAUCUUGGAUGAGCAGUUCUUUUCAGUGAAACGACUGGAACAAAUGUGGUUAUGAAAACAGAGAGAGUGCCCCAAGGGAGAGUUCGAGCCCCGCUCUACUUCCCAUGGCUUCAGUUGUGACUGCUGCGGUAGUUAAUCAACAUGUUUAAUGUGUGCAGAAGUGCGCUUUGCUUGUGUAACCGGCUAGCUAGUUAGCGGGGUGCGUGCUAAUAGCGUUUCAAUCGGUGAUGUCACUAGCUCUGAGACCUUGAAGUAGUUGUUUCCUUUGCUCUUCAAGGGCCGUGGCCAUAGGUAACGGAGCCAUAGGUAACGAUGCUUUGUGGGAGGCAGUCGUCGGUAUGUGCAGAGUGUCCCUGGUUCGAGCCCAGGUAGGGGAGAGGAACGGAAGCAAAACUGUUACACUUGUGAUAGUCCAAAAGUGUUUGAAUGAGCACGCAUACUGCUAACUCCAAACACGUCAGGACAGCAGGAUGUGACUGUGGAGGAGACGGAGAGUGGUGACUGUGGAGGAGACGGAGAGCGGUGACUGUGGAGGAGACGGAGAGUGGUGACUGUGGAGGAGACGGAGAGUGGUGACUGUGGAGGAGACGGAGAGUGGUGACUGUGGAGGAGACGGAGAGUGGUGACUGUGGAGGAGACGGAGAGUGGUGACUGUGGAGGAGACGGAGAGUGGUGACUGUGGAGGAGACGGAGAGUGGUGACUGUGGAGGAGACGGAGAGUGGUGACUGUGGAGGAGACGGAGAGUGGUGACUGUGGAGGAGACGGAGAGUGGUGACUGUAGCACUCUAGUUAAUUUUCACAACAGAUAUGGGUCAGUUAGAGUGGAUUUCCUCUGCUGCAAGGGGUCAUGGGAGUUGGCAUGCUUUAAGUGUACACUCCAGUGAGUGUGCUCGUUUCUGGGAUACGUUUGUAAAUUCAACAAUGUUCACUUUAACCUCUCUCCUUCAGCUCCUUGUUUACUUUGAAGAUUUCACUAGGGAUUUUGGCCCAAUACAAGCCAGCUCUAUACAAGAGGAGGGCGGCUCAUUAUAAUGUCCGGAAUGGAGCAAAUGGAAUGGCAUCAAACACCUGGAAACCAUGUUUUUGAUACGAUUCCACUGAUUCCGCUCCAAUCGCUACCACCAGCCUGUCCGCCCCAAUUAAUGUGCCACCAGCCUCCUGUGCUGUAUACAUUAUUUAUCACCUGUGUUACAAUACAACAUAUGUUAACGCUCCUUUCUGAAAUGCUACAUUUUCAUUGAAUUUGUCUUUAAAUGUGAUUGGAUGGUUCUAGGUCAAAAUGGAAUCCUUAGUGUUGUACAAUGAAUGAUGCUGGCGCUGUUGAGAAGUGUACGUUGCAAGCUUGGCUUAUCAGCUCUUCUGCCAUAUUAUUGCAUUGAUGCGUGUGACUUUAUGUAGCGUGCUCCGUUCCCCUUCCUGUCCCGUUACCUCCAGCUGUUAGAGGCUCUCUGUCUACCUCCUUGAUGGUUUACCUGUCGUGUGUGUGUGUGUGUGUGUGUGUGUGUGUGUGUGUGUGUGUGUGUGUGUGUGCGUACGCCUGUCCCCAGCUCUCCCUGCUCACAUGGCUCUCUCUGUUUCCCCAGGCGUUGUUACUCAGCCAUGUGCCUAAUCGUAAUCCCUGUUGUUUCACUACGUCUGUUUCUGCCCUUUUCACUUCUGUUCCCUCUUCCCUUCGGUCAUUUAAGAACAACUGUUACAUCAUAUCCUCCUGUACAUGUAGUCAAAUCAAGGGCACCCAAUAAACGCUCUUAUCAGACCUGCGUCUGCUAGUGGAUGCUGUAAAGUCUUCAGCCGGGUCUAGGAGUAGAACUAAUGGUAUGGAAUUAGUGGGGAGUUAAAAAAAAAAAAAAAAAAAAAUUCUCCCUUUGAUAUUGAAAUCCGCUUGAUGUUUAAGUUACGGCUCUCCUCUGCAUCCACACAGCCUUUAGCAUUUUUCUGGGAGAUUGAUCCUCUUGGGAAAGAAUGUUUCCAAGAUUAGAGACUAAAACACAGAAUAUAGGCCUAAAGCUAAAUUGGAUAUUUUACCGUAUCUGUUUGUGUGUUGUUGGCUGGUUGUCUCAAUUCCCCUCUGAAAGCUUCUUGGUUUAAUAAUGUGAUAACCAAACACUGUUUUACCUGGAGCACUUUGUCUGUGUGAUGAUGUCACGCUAGUGGAAUGCUGGGAGAGAGGGGCUGCUGGAGCUGGUCACUGCCAGAUUUCCCUCUGGAGAUGGCGGGGGGGGGACCGGGGUCGGCGAGGGAAAUGGGUUUGUUGCUCUGCAUCCGACCAUUGUUUUGUUGAAGCUCCAGACGUAGACCUGCAUGCUCUGCACAACAUUCCAAUUCAAUCUCUCUUCUCAUAGGCCAGUCUGUCUGUGGAAAGAUUUUUUUCGUUGAGGGAGGGAUUCAUAGCUAGGUCUGCUGCUGUUCUGUUGUUUGUGGGUGUGCUUCGUGCUUAAACUCUCUGUGAACUACUGUAGGUUUGGGUUGUCAAGGAGGUUAGAAGUAAGAAGAGCCUUUCACAAUUGACCUUUUAUAUUAGAAUCAACAGAAACUAGUCCAAUGGUUUCAAAUCUCUCCUGUGUCAAGCUUCAAUUGGUGUGUGUGUGUGUGCGAUCCCUCCCACACAAUCUUCAUUAAAAAUAAUGAUUUCCCCAUCCUGCCUAAUGGGAAUGUCAAAUGCUGCUUUAGUGAAGCGGUUGUGUUUUUCUCAUAUUUAUCUCCUGGAAUGUUAAUUCCAGAGAAAAAGGUGAAGUGGAAGCUAUGUCCAAAGAUUCCAGCUGUCCAGAUCCAUCUGCAACACACAUUCUUGUCUUUCAGUAUCAACUGGGCUAUAGCAGACCACCACUUCUGUCCUCUGACCAGACCUGGCUGUCUCUGUCUCCUCCCCAGGUUGAUGUUUCCUAGUCGGGAAUCCCCAGGGUUGCUUUCAAGAUUGACACCCGACAGCUUGCGGCCUCUGCCAAUCUCCUGAGCGAGCUCCGCCUGCCACCGGACAAGACUGCCCACAAGCUCCCGCUGCGUCUGCCUGCGGCAAAGCCCAGCAACCUCCGCGAGGCCCUUGGCCAGUCGCCCGGGAGGAAGGACCUCGUCGCCAUGGACACGGAGUCCACCUACUCAGGGUACUCGUACUACUCUGGUCGCUCCCGGGGAUCCCACAGACAUGGGGAGCGCAGCCGCGACCACCACAAGUCACGCAGCAAGGAUGGCAGCCGCUCGGAGAAGUCUGUCACCAUCAACGCACCGCCAGCAGAACCACUGCUGGGAGACUCGUCUGUACUGGGGGAGGAGGUCCAGGAUGACAACUGGGGCGAGACCACCACGGCCGUCACGGGGACGUCGGAACACAGCCUGUCCCAAGAGGACAUUGUCCGGAUCACCAAGGACCUGGAGGAUAGCGUGGGCCUGGACUGCCGGCGCUACUUUAGCCUGACCCUGGCUGUGGUUCUGGGCCUGCUGGUCUUCCUCACUCCCCUGGCCUUCCUGGCUCUCCCCCACCUCCUCUGGCCUGACAAGCUCCUGGUGUGCGGCACGGCCUGCGAGGGCCUCUUUAUUUCCGUGGCGUUUAAGCUGUUGAUACUGCUGUUGGCCGUUUGGGCGCUGUUCUUCCGGGCUCCGCGCGCCGACCUGCCCCGGGUGUUUGUGUUCAGAGCGCUGCUGGCCGUGCUGGUGCUGCUGUUCGUCGUGUCCUACUGGCUGUUCUACGGCGUGAGGAUACUGGACUCACAGGAUGAGAACUACCAGGGCAUCGUGCAGUACGCUGUGUCUCUAGUGGACGCUCUGCUCUUCAUCCACUACCUGGCCAUCGUCCUGCUGGAGCUCAGGCAGCUGCAGCCCGCCUUCUCUGUCUGCGUCACGCGCUCCACCGACGGAGAGACACGCCACUACAACCUGGGCCAGCUCAGUAUUCAGCGGGCAGCAUUGGCCAUCAUAGAGAACUACUACAGAGACUUCUCUGUCCACAACCCGGCCCUGCUCACCGCCUCGAAGUCCCGGGCUGCUAAGCACCUGGCCGGCCUCAAGGUCUAUAAUGUGGAUGGCCCUGGGAACAACGCAGCGACCGGAUCGGCCCACUCCCAGUCUCGGGCUAUGAUUGCCGCUGCCGCCCGCCGCCGAGACACCAAUCACAAUGAGCUGUACUACGAGGAGGCGGAGCACGAGAGACGCGUCCGUAAACGCAAGGCCCGUUUUAUUGUAGCCGGAGAGGAGGCCUUCACACACCCCAUCUUUAAGCGUAUGCAGGAGGAGGAGCAGAAGAAUGCCCCCACUGGAGGCCAUCUUCCAACCACAUUAACCAUGGCCCCUCCUAGACUGCAGAAGUACCUCCGCACCACCAGGCAGCAGCACUGCCACAGCAUGGAAAGCAUCCAGCAGCACCUGGCCUUCUGCAUCACCAAUAACAUGACGCCCAAGGCCUUCCUGGAGAGUUACGUGAACCCCGGGCCCACCCUGCAGUACGGCCGCGAACGCUGGCUGGCCCGGCAGUGGACUCUGGUCAGCGAGGCGUCGGUCACCAGCGGCCUCAAGGAGGGCGCCAUCUUCCUCCUCAAGUGCAUAGACUUCAGCCUGGUGGUGACUACCAAAAGGAUCCCCUACAUCCAGCUUUCAGAGGAGUUCAUCGACCCCAAGUCGCACAAGUUCGUCCUGCGGCUACAGUCAGAGACCUCUGUGUAGAACUGGAUAACUGUUUUUACCACCACACACCUUUUUUUUUGUUUUCAAAAUGGUUUUAUUUUAGGUUUGCAGUUUUAUUUGAGGAUUUUUUUAUAUAUUAUAUAUGAAUAUAUGUUACACACACGUUGGAAAAUAUUGUCCUUUUUAUCUAUGGUUUACCUGGUUUGAGUUAAUAUAAAAAAAUAUAUAUACACCGGUGAUGAAUUUGACUUGUCUUGCAUGCACACACACACAGAAGAUUGAACUGAACUCUGUGGAGAUGGAUCUAUAGAUGAACAAUGUGUGCAGCACACAACUGCAGAUGUGUCAAUGUCUAUGAACACCGUUGUUCCACCUCUGAAAGACUGAUGCAGAGCUCAAGACGAGGAAUUGUUUUAAUUCCAUGGCUCAAGACGGGGACAUCUCACCGAGGAGUCAAAUGACACUACUGUUGUAAUGGACAUUGCUUCAUUCCCCCUCAGCUAAACCACUACAGAUGGUGAACUGCCACUAUUUAACUUCUGGACAAAAUGUAUAUUUUAACACAAACCGUCUCAGGCCUGUCUGCUGUUCUAAAACUAUAGCUACUUAAUUUACUUUUUUUUUGCGUUACAUGCACAUGUUCUCUACAUCUGUAUAUUGAUUAUGUAUAAACACAUUGUGAUAUAAUGUUGUUUAAGUCUGUGUACUGGGUCAAUCUCCAUCCCAUUUCCUCAUAUCCCGAUCUGUGGAUGUACAGAGUAAGACAUGAAUAUCAGUAGCCUUCGUUGUUAAACAAAACCCUUGUUUUAGCUGUUAUAGGUGAUUGUUAAAUAGAUAUUCAAAUUCAAUGCCAAUUUAUAUGAUUAACCCCCAAGGCUGAAAGCCUUAAAUCUCCAAGGGAUCUUGCUCAAAUAUUUUUAGCCCUCCAAGUGUGUACUGUAGUACGGCUUAUGCGUACAGCAGCACGUUCCCAGGUGCAAUGUCGCAAUACAACAGCAUGUUAUACUGCAGUACAUCUCGUCCACAAGCCAGCUCUCUCUCUCUCUGUAACGAAAGGUUAUUCUGUACUAUGUUAUGUUAUAAGUACUGCUGUCAACAUGGGGGCUCAGAAUGGUCCAUCCAUAUCCCAAAUGAACAGAUACCAAUAUACAGUCAUGGCUGGUUUGUAAAGCAGAGCUCUUCAAAUGUUUAAAACCCAUAGUCGCCCAUAUUAGGAAUCCCCUAGGAUCCUGAUUGCUGAUGUAACUCAAUAUUUCCAGCUUCUGUAAUGGAUUUUGGAGAUGUGCUGCUGUCUCGUUCCACUUUUCAAUUUUAAAUGGGACGUUCACACCUCCCAGCUUAGUCAUAUUUUGAUAAUGAGUCCAUUUAGGGCCUUUAUAUUUGCUGAAACUUGACAGCUACCUUUUUAUAAAGCAACACAUUCAUGCCCCGCAUAUAUCUCUUCUCAGGGUUCAGGCUUUCACAUCUAUCACACUUACUUUGCAUGAUAGAGCACUCCGGGACAGAAAAUGCACAGAUACAACUAAUGUAUGACACUGAUUUGGACCACAGCCUCAAUCUGCCUGUGUACCUUGUACACGGUACGCAGAACUCUAUUGUGCAGCUAUUACCAUUUAAGGUCUAAGCGGUUAAUUAAGCUAAUCGCCUCUUGAGAUGGUGAGUACGGUACUAGGGGGUGAAGAGGAGCCUCCCUUGUAACUCACCCGUCUGGUUAGUCUUCUAUUACAAUGUCAUCAAGCGAGAUAUCAUGUUGAGCCGUGAAUCUGGGGACCUGAUAGCUUUGAGGAUGAACAUAAAAAUCCCUAAUGACAUCAGAAUCCUAUAUUCUCCCCUAAUGAAUAUGGGUAGCAGAUUGAGAUCCAUCCAGGAUGAGUUGUUUCAGAGGUGAUCAGGAUCCUCUCUACGUAAAACCUCAUAAAUCCCCAUGUAGAAUGGACUUCUGGCUUGUAGAGGUUCUCCACGGUGUUACAGCUCUGCGUGUCAUUCUUUUAAAAAAAACUGCCCGUCAGCGCCACCUGGCAGACAAACCAGAAGAUGUCAGACUUUGGUCUGGCAAGAGGUUACUGUUGAUGGGUGCCGACACAUUUUCACACAUUCACAAACAAACGCAUGAUACCCGUGUCCAGUUAUAGACAAACCAUUUUUAACGAUUAGCAUGUGGCUCAUAAAAGCCACUUGGAAAUGCAACUCUCUUUGUUUUCUCGUCAUGAAAACAAACAUAUUUUUAUACUUAUAGCACGGAGUCUUUUGUACCCAUAAUUGAUGGACUUUGUAUGAACCCCAACUCCUGUGACUGUGCCUCUUGUCUUUACACUGUAUGUAUUUAUGUAGCUAAGCGUGUGCAUAUGCCAUUCCCUUAUCCCUGUAUUGACUGCAGGUUGACGUUUAUUGGGAUUAGUCUUGCCUUGGAGGCAGAACUGAGCGAUUUCCACUAGAUGUGCCAGCGGAAAGUCCAAAUUUGCUGUAUGGCAAAAAUUCAUGAAAACAAACAUUUGCUUUUUGUUUUUAAUUAAAGGUUAGUGUUAGCGGUGUGGUUACAAGCAGGACUUUGUGGCUGUGCCAGGUUGUGACCACUCUGUAGAGCUGCCUCCAGUACACGAGUCUUCCCAAUAAAUGCUAACCUGCGUAUUGACCUCUGUCAUGUUUUGCUGGCCUGGUCACAGAUCUGUUUGUGCUGUUACUGCCAGGUUCUGCUAACCUGGCAGUAACUGAUCUGCGACCAGGCUAAAGGUUAGCCAGGUUGCACCCAUACUGUAGAACUCUGCUUGUUACUGACCUGACAUCGCAUUGUAACCAAUGUGUCAAUUUCACUAUACAACAGGCAUUUGUGUAAAAUAAACAUUUGUAUGAACAUUUGUUAA